AUGUGCUCUGCUGCCUUCCUGGAUAAAGCGAUUUAGUAAUUUUAUCUUCCUCCUCAUACAAGAUGGAUAAAAAACAAGGUAAACCGAAAAAUAAGAUCCUGAAAUUUCUGCCAAAAGCCGCUUCCGGGGUUUAUUUUCACAACCCUCCUUACAGCCCUACGAGAGACAGAAGAUUAGAAAAUGCCGCCAAGCUCAAAGCUCACGGCCGACGAGGAUUCUCCGGCCCUUUAAUGAUCUCGGAUGAAGCCCGGAGAAAACCCAGGACUGGAAGCUUUGACUACCACACGCAAGAAGAAGAACCCACCUCGCCAAAAGUGUCGUGCAUGGGCCAGAUCAAGCACAAGAAGCAGAUUAAGAAAAUAAAGCGUGCUAAUAUUCAUAAUUUGAUCCCUAAAGAUGCAUCAAAGCCUCCGGCCCCGUGGUCUCCUCGCGAGAUAAAGAAGCACGGUUUUGCGUUCCGGAGGAUGUUUAGCAGCGUAAACCCUGCAAGGAAAUCCGAUUCUAUUAACGUUAAUCAUGAUCAUGAUCGUACGGCACCGAGGCUUCCAGAUAGAGCGCCUUCUUUGAGUCAGAUGAAGAGGUUUGCAAGUGGGCGGGGUAAUGCUUUUGCAAACUUUGAUAUUAAUCAUCACGACUGUUCAGAUGAAGAGAGAGGAGACAGCGAUGGAGAAGAAGAUGUGAGAAUUGCCUUCUCAGCACCUUUAGUGGCUGGUGGAGAUCAAUUUCAUCAAGUACCAUUGCAGCCGAGGAAAGAAAUCAAUAUAUGGAAGAGAAGAACCAUGGCUGCCCCUAGUCCGCUAGAAUUGAAGCCCAUGGUCAGAGCUAAUUAAAUUGUUCAUAAUUUCAGUUGCUUUAAUUCUUAUUAGAUUUGUUUUCAGUCUAAUUAGAGUCCGGAGUGCAAAUUUGAGAUGAUGGGUUAUGUUAAUAGAUACAUGCAAAGAUAUAUAUAAAACGAAAGUUAGGAUCCGUGAGGACUGUUUGUUUACAUGUCUUGGCUUUCUUCGAUCUGGUUAUUCUUCCUGAUGAGGUUGAAGGCA